AUGGGCAAGAAAAAAUCAGCUGCACAAAUUCGACGCAUGCAGGAGCGUGCUUCCAAGCGUGGAGAAACGUAUGAAAACGUGACUCCUCCUGCUCCCACAGAACAAGAGGAAGAUGAGACUACCAAAGAUGAAAAUCCUGUGGAAGAAGGAAAAGAGACGACCACAACACCCCAGCAUGACGAAAGUGCCAAGGAUGGUCUAGAUUCAGCCGAAUUUCAAAAGCGGACAGAAGCGGCAAUCCGAUUGGUGAAGGAAUUGAAGGAUAUUGAAACCAAUGAAGAAAUGAAAGCCAAAGAUCGACGAUCUGCCAAACGAAAGGCGGAAGCGAUUGUCUCGGAAGAAAUCGGUAUGCCAGUAGAAGAACUAAUUCAGUGGUAUGAGAAGAAUAAGCAAGAGGAUUCGGGAUCAAACAAAGCAGAUGCUGUGGAUCCCAAACUCGAAGCCAAAAGGAAAGCCGCCAUGAAGCUGAAAAAGGCAUUGGAGGAGCUUGAAACCAAUGACGAACUCAAAGCCAAAGAUCGUCGAUCCGCCAAACGAAAGGCGGAAGCCAUUGCUACUGAAGAGACUGAGAUGGCCCCAGAAGCCUUGCUCGAAUGGUGGGAUAAGGAAUCCAAAAAGAUGGGCAAGUCAAAGGACAAAAACUCGAAAGAGAAAAAGAACGACCGAGAUCCCUACAUUGCCUUCAUCGGCCAACUAUCCUUCGACACUACCUCGGAAGAGCUCAUGGAACAUAUUCGAUCCCAACUACAAACCGACUUUCCAAAAGUCCGCAAACAUGAUAUCAAGAUUCGCAUGUUGACCGACUCGAAAACCAAAAAGUCACGGGGAAUGGCCUUUUGUGAGGUGGACGAUCCCGAAAUACUGUAUGGCUUGUUGAAACUACACCAAACCUUUUUGAAAGGUCGUCGAAUCAAUGUCGAACGUAGUGCCGGAGGCAGCAAGAAUUCCACCAAACGGCAAACCAAAAUCAAGCAGUACCGCAAGGAACAGGAAGAGUAUUUUGCGGAAGUCAUGGACAGCAUCUUGGGAGAAUACAAAAAGACGGGAGAACUUCGGGAGGAUGAAUUGGACGAGGGUGUCAUUGCCCUGUGUAAGCGGCAUUCUGGACCCGUGGUCCGUGCCGCAGUGGCCAAGUACAUUGAAGGAAGUGGCCGCGACAUGGACAAUCCAAGUGCCUAUCUUACCUUUUUGAUUACUAAGUUUGCCGAGGAGGGAGUCUACGAGGAUGACGGUGAUAAGAAUAUGAAUAAGCACAAUCAAGGGCCACGAAAGAAGCGAAAGCCCGACGAUCGUCAGAGCAGUGGCCCUUCGUCUGGAGGAGGACGAGGAGGUAGGGGUGGACGAGGAGGAAGGGGUGGACGAGGCGGACGAGGAGGUGGACGUGGAGGAGGCCGAGGAGGAGGACCAUCGAAACGAUUCAAGUCGUCCUCCGAGUUUGCAAAAUCUGGAAUUGAUAUGUCAAAUAGCGAAGGCGGCUCCUCCAAUAAGCUUUCCAACAUAUUUCCGUCGGCCAGAAGAGGACGCGGUUACAUGAUGUAA